GUAUAAAAUAGUGCUGUACAUAUACAGUAUAUAUGACGCAGCCCACUACUACGUCAUCACUACGCGUCAAAAACACAUCGCCUGUGUCAGGUCUACAUGUCCCACACCCUGAAGAUUAACGUGUGAACAUCCUCUGAAACCAUCACUUUCUGCUGGUAACCUGCAUGUUGUGAGGUUUGAGUUAUGCUGGCGAAAACAGAGGAAAGGAAACCACAGAAAGGAGGAGAAAAGAAGAGGAGGCAUCCUGGUGACAAUGGCCAAGGAGGAGAGAAGAAGAGGAGGGGAGGUGAAGAAGGAGAAAAGGGUCAGGGAGACGGCAACAGGAAGCGCCUGGAUGCUCUGAGUGUCGGCUAUUUCCGCCGAGUUGGGGAAAGACUCAGUGAAGGCUUUGAAGAUGAUGAGGAGAGAGAGAUGUUUGUGGAGAAUGUCCUCACAGAAGUGAAAGGUAAAGCGAGCCUGGUGGCAAUGGACCGCACAGGAAGUAUCACUCUUCAGUACCUGCUCCCGCUCUCCAGUCUUGAGCAGGUUGCGGAGGUGCUGACUGAGCUGGGUGGAGAAUCAGGGUCAGAGUUUAUGGCGGUUUCUUGUGAUCGGUGUGGCGGCCAUGUAGUGGAGAGUGCGAUCAGACAGGCAUCCCGGUGUAUGGAAUCAUCAGAGAAGGAGCCAUCUGCUACCACAGAAGAAGAAGAGGAGCGUGCUGGAGUGCUGGAGGCCCAGGUGUUGUCUUUAAGUCAGGUGGUGAGAGACAACACCGCAGACUUCAUCAAACACGCUCACGGCUCACAUGUGGUCCGCACACUUUUACACGUGCUAGCAGGCUGUCUCGGACCCCCCCGCACUGAGUCCCGUCCAGGUGCAAAAGAACGCAACGUCGCUCCUCAGCUGACAGACUUCGAUAUUCCCACGUCGUUUUGGUACGAGCUGAAAAACCUCACCGAGACCUUGAUGGAGAAUAUUAAUUUAAGUGUCACUGACGCUGUUGCCAGUGCAGUGUUCCAGACUAUGUUGACUGUGUGUCACAGAAAACGGCCCAAACUCUGCAAACAGCUCCUGAAAGGCAUCACAGAGUAUCUGACAAGUCGCAGUGCUGCUCCGGGAGUUAGUCCACUUCUGGUUUUUCUCAAGGACCAGGCCUCCAGUCACCUCAUUGAGAUGAUCAUACAGCUAUCCCACAAGGCUCUGCUCCGAGACCUCUACAAGAACCACCUCAAGGGUCAGCUGGUCGACCUGGCCCUCCAUCCGAUCGCCAACUUCCCUGUACAGAGGCUAGUUGUAGCCUCAGCCAAAUAUAAAAUGUUCCUGAAGUUGUUCGAUGAGCUACUCCAAGGUGUGGAGGCCAUCUUGGCCGCAGGUCACAUGGGUGUGAUCGUGCAGAUGGCAGAGAGCUGUGCGGAAAGUGGAGAGAAACAGGAUGAUUUGAUGCAGUGCCUCCUACAUGCUUUCCACUGCGCAGAACCUGGCUCUCGACACACCAGCUGCCUUCCUCUCUUCAUGUCCCUGCUCACUUACGAGGUGUAUUACCACUCUGACACAGCAGAGGGCAGCAUAGAGACACAGGUCCCGCUGUCCUCCAUCUGUUACCACGGCUCUCGGCUGGUCCAGGCGCUGGCCAAGUUCAAGGAGCGCUCACUCCUUCUCAGCAGUCUGCGCACUCUGACCCCUGCUGACCUUCUGACGCUGGCCUCUGACCCCUCGGGCAGCCACGUCCUCCAGGCCCUCAUCACUACAUCCAGCGACAAGGGCAGAGGCAAGAUCCUCAAGAGGCUGGAGGGUCAAUAUGUUCAAAUGGCCUGCUCCAGGUUGGGCAGUCGGGUCCUAGAAGCCAUAUGGAACAGUGCUUCUGUCAGUCAGAGGCAAAACAUUGCACAGGAACUAGUGCCGAGUGAAAGCCAGCUGAGGUCAGAUCAGUUUGCGCGCCACGUAUGGGCCAAAUUUGCUCUCUCACAUUUCAUACACAGACGAGCCCACUGGCAGGAAAUACAGACUGGAGAGUCCAAAAAGCGGAAGCUUUUCAGUGACAUUCUUGAGUGAAAAAUAUAUUUGUACAAUCUUUUAAUGUUUUUUUUUCAUAUAAUUGGACAAAACAUAAUAAAAAAGAAAAU